AUGUACGCCGCUCAGAAUAUAACGCCAACAGUUUUGGAUGCCAUGAACGGAAAUGUUUCCGAAUGGUAUAACGAAUGCGACAAUGCCAUUAGAAGGUCAGAAAUAGUUCCUGGAACUUACGAAUAUACAACUGCUGUUUCUUAUGGAAACGUAGGUGAGUUUGGAGAAGGUUCUUCAACAACAGUAGAUAUUGCUUGCGACAGGUUUCAUAUUAUUUCUAUUGACAACUCAUUCUUAUACGUGGAACAAGACAUUGAAAUAAAACCUUCUGCCAAGUUGUCUGACAAGAAAGGUUGCAAUGGAAUUUUCUAUGUCGGAUACCAAUAUGCUCCAGAAGUUUUCAUGGGAUAUAAGAUAUAUUCUAACUCUGACUUAGUUCAAACAGUAACAUGGGCAAACUAUGAAUGGUUCGCUUUGAGAAACUCAGUACAACCACAAGCUAGAGAACAAACAGACCAGUAUGCAAAUAUUGAGAAAAUAAGAAGACUUGACCCUAACGUUCCAGGAGUUUAUGUUAACCUUUCUGGUUCAGAUGGAACUGCUGCCACUAAAGUAAAACUGAAACUUAGAGUUCCUUUGUCAUCUUUCCUCAUCUUCAGGUUUUUAAGAUACUUGCCAAACUGGGCAGGAAAAAUUUCUAUCGAACUUACUCCAAGCAAAAAUAACUUAGUCAUUGCACCAACACAAGACCCAUUCACUCUUACAGAAGUAGUGGGAACAAAUAAAACGUCAUUCGCCGACUUUUGCAAAGAUAAGGUUGACUUAGACUUUGGUUUCUCAAACUUCAACAAUGAAGUAAACUAUUAUUUCAAUGCUGCUGGAACUGCUUGGGACCCAGUUAAGUUCACAUGCGAAAAGUUUGAAUG